AAGUUUCUAAUUCGCUCUUGUUUUCCGAUAUCAACAAGAAAAACCUCGCACUCAAAAACAAGAAAAGACCACUCAACAUCCCUUAUAAAAUCCCAACAAACAACCCCUAAACCUCAAUUUCUCUUCGGUGACACCAACAACUUGCAAUUCAAAUCCGAUCUUCAUCACCAUGAGUUAUUACAAUCAAGGCCAGCCUCCAGUCGGUGCUCCUCCUCCUCAAGGUUACCCACCACAAGAAGGAUACGCGAAAGACGCCUAUCCUCCGCCGGGGUAUCCGCCACAGGGGUAUCCACAACAGGGGUAUCCGCAGCAAGGGUAUCCGCAACAACAGUAUCCUCCCCAAUACGCCCCGCAGUACGCUCAACCUCCUCCUCAGCAGCAGCAGAAACAAAGCAGCGGUUGUCUAGAAGGCUGUUUGGCUGCUCUGUGUUGCUGUUUCUUGCUGGAGGCGUGUUUUUAAAAGAAGGCUUGAAUUAGUACAUAUGAGUUCAAGUUAUGAAAACUUUAUUCUGGGAUUUGGAUAUUUGUUUUAAUUUUGGUAAUAACUUUGGAUUUGGUGAAAGAUUCAAGAAUGUAGCUUCAUUCUUAUGUUCUUGCUUCUUGUUAUGACUUUUUUCUCUUGGUGGUUUUUAGGGUUGUAAAUUGUGAGAGAUUUCAUCGGUUUAUAUGAAAACUAUAUUAUCAA